AUGGGCGGCAUAGGCGGGAACCUCUACCUCAGCAUGUUGAAUGGGACUGAAACUCAAACUUUCGGGAAAAGUCCGGCUGACAUUCACCUGCACCGUGGCGCGAAGGACAUAAGUGACUUCAAGAUGGGCAUCCAGGAGCCCCGCUUUUACUACGCAGAGCAGGGCGCACAAGAGGCACUGACUCUGCCCUUUCACCCAGAGCAGACUGUGGGCUACGGGGGACAGCACUCCCGCUUCUACGCGCAGUCCCUCAGCAGCUGUCCGCUUGCAGGACACCCGCAGGGAUACAUCCCCGCACCGACCCCGGGAGACGGCUUUUCCGCAGGAGGCAAAGACUUGUACCACCCGUCCUCCCCUGAAUACUCCAGCAGCUUCCAGCACGGCUUCCAGCGGCCGCCGCUCUACCCUCUGCCCGGGCUGCAGCUCUGCGGGAAGACGCAGGCGCUGCUUAAUAACUACCCACUAUGGGCCAAGUUCCACAAGUUUCAGACCGAGAUGAUCAUCACCAAACAGGGCAGGAGGAUGUUUCCGUUCUUGAGCUUCAACAUUAGCUCCCUCGAUCCAUCCGCUCACUACAACGUCUACGUGGAUGUGGUUCUGGCCGAUCAGCACCACUGGAGGUACCAGGGCGGCAAGUGGGUCCAGUGCGGAAAGGCUGAGGGGAACAUGCCAGGAAACCGGACGUACAUGCACCCGGACUCUCCCAACACUGGAGCUCACUGGAUGAGACAGGAAGUGUCCUUCAGCAAACUGAAGCUUACCAACAACAAGGGCAGCACCAACAACGUGGCACAGAUGGUGGUGCUGCAGUCGCUGCAUAAGUACCAGCCUCGGCUGCACGUUGUGGAGGUGAAGGAGGAUGGAUCUGAGGACUCCUUCAUGUCGUCCAAGGCUCAGACCUUUGUGUUUCCUGAGACACAGUUCAUCGCUGUCACUGCUUAUCAAAACGCAGACAUCACUCAGCUGAAAAUAGACCAUAACCCCUUCGCUAAAGGUUUCCGAGACAAUUAUGACACCUUGUACGCCCCUCCUGACUCGGACCGCCUCACCCCCUCGCCCUCCGAAAACCAGCAGCUGUUGUCGUCCACCUGCUACCCACCUCAGGGCUACCACCACCUCGCUGAUCAGUACAUGACCCCGCUUCCACAGAGCCGCUUCUUCAGUCGAGACGUGUUGGGAGGGAUGUGUCACCAGCCGCCCAAAGACCCCUCCUCAUCCUCCCCCAGUCCCGGACCUCACAGCCGCUGGUACCAACCCCCAAACCGCCUCGACUUCGCCUCUUCCUACGACGGGGACUUCUCCAACGCUUUCUACAAGCCGUUCCCGUUGCAGUCCUCUCCGCUCACCUACUAUCCCGAUCAUGCUAUUGGGGCGGGGGGCACUGCCACGUCGGGAUGGGGCGCGACCAGGCCCUCAGCGCAAUACCUCGGCCACUCGAGUAAAACUGCGACGGGUCUCGGCUGGUUCAGACCGAUGUCGUCCUCCUCUUCGUCUUCGUCUUCUUCCAUAUCGCCCGGAAACCCGAGACUACACCCUUCGCUGCUGGAGCCCCUCCCAGCGCCGUUGCAACAGGACAAGGCCAAAGAUGGCGUAGGGGGCGAGGAGACCUGGCUGGAACCGGCCUCUGUGAAGUCCGCAGACUCGGUGGACUCUGGGCUGUUUGAAAGCGGACUCUCGGACCAUAAGAAAAGACGGGUGUCUCCGUACACGUCCAGCACUGAAAACUCGCCCCCGUCCCGCGCUGGAGAGGACAACAGUGACGCAGACUAUUACGGCUACUACACGCACUGA